GCUAGAACAAGGUCAGCUGGUAUUUGCCUUUUAUUUAGUAAACAAAGUAUGAUUUGAAAGGGGUUAUGUUGCCGUUUAUAGGUUAGGGUAUUCUGUUGUGAUUUAACAAUGUUACUACGAGAAUUAUUAAAUAAUUCAAAAUAUAUCAUUCAUAAACAGUUCUUUCAUUCAAGACAUUUAUCAAGCAAUGAAGUUCGCAAAAGGUUUUUGGAUUUUUUUGUUGAGGAACAUUCACAUACCUUUAUUCGUUCUAGUCCUGUAGUUCCUCUUCACGACUAUAGCCUUGCUUUUGUUAAUGCUGGUAUGAACCAAUUUAAAGAAGUUUUCUUGAACAAAACAACUCCUCCGUGCUUAACAGCUGCAAACACUCAGAAGUGCAUUCGUGUUGGUGGAAAACACAAUGAUUUGAAAGACGUUGGCUUCGAUACGUACCACCACACGUUUUUUGAAAUGCUUGGAAAUUGGUCAUUUGGAAACUACUUCAAGCAAGAAGCUUGCGAACUUGCAUGGAAGUUGUUGACCUCUCCUCCGUACUCCAUUGAUCCUCGAAGACUGUAUGUGACUUACUUCAGCGGCUGCAGUCGAUUGGGCCUUCCUCCUGACUUGGAAACUAAAGAAAUUUGGAUGUCUUUGGGAGUGGAGCCUACACGCAUCCUUGGGUUCGGUGCAGCCGACAACUUUUGGGAGAUGGGUCCGACUGGUCCCUGUGGUGCCUGUACUGAAAUACAUGUGGACCAUUUGGGUAGUCGAGAGGCAGCAGACAGGGUGAACCGAGGCCAUGCUGACCUUACCGAGCUCUGGAACAUCGUGUUUAUCCAAUACAAUAGGAAUGCAGAUGGAAGCCUAAGCUCUCUCCCUCACCACCAUGUGGACACCGGUAUGGGAUUUGAAAGACUGGUUGCUUUUCUGCAAAACAAGAGCUCAAACUAUGAUACAGAUCUUUUUCUGCCUCUUUUUAAUUCUAUAUCAAAGGUGGCAAAAGCUGCUCCAUUCCGUGGUAAGUUUGGAGUGCAAGAUGAAGGAGGUGUUGACACUGCCUACCGAAUACUGGCAGACCACAGCCGUAUGGUCACAGUGGCAGUAGCAGAUAACAUGUUCCCAGACACCAACCAUAAAUUAAGGAGAGUGCUUAGGAAAGCAUUAUUGGUUGCAGAAGACUCAUUUAAGAUGAAGAAUCCAGCAAAGUUGGUGAAAGAAGUUUGUAACUGUGUAGCAGAAAUUUUGUCACCCACCUACCCGGAAAUCGGAAUAAACUUGAAUAAGGUUCACCUGGUUGUAGACCAUGAGUGGGAAGUACUGCAAGUGGUGAGGGGCGGGGCAGCGGCGACAUGGCGCAGUGUGGUGCAGCAGGACUCUCGUGUGGCGCAACUAUCGGACUGCAUGGCGCCAGGUCUGACUGCGGCAUACAGAGAACUGAGUAGUCUCCCCGCACACUCUCCCGUGGCUGGAGACUUAGCCUUCCGCCUCUACGAUACCCAUGGUCUCCCCCCAGACCUCAUAGAAGAGUUGAGCCAAGCCCUUGGUCUAGAAUUCGAUGAAAACUCGUUCAAUGCUACACUAGUUGAGGCAAAAGCAAGAACUUUACAAUCUGCAAAGCCAUCGGAGAACGCAGUCGUUUCCAAUUCUUGCUUAGAACGGUUGAAGCAGACCAUCCCGCCCACAGAUGACACUGCAAAAUACAAUUACUGUUGGUCAGUGAAAGAUGGCUAUGUGUUCCCGAAAGUGGAUAGUGUGGUGCAGGCAGUGGUGAGGUGUGGAGAAGUGGUGAGUGAGGCCAGGGUCGGGGAGAGAGUGGGGCUAGUGGUGGAUCGGACAUGUCUGUACCAUGCCGCAGGAGGACAGGCUGCUGACAGAGGAUUGCUGGAAGGGGAGGGGUGGACUAUGGACUGUGACACACUGCUGAGUUGUGGAGAGUACCUCGUUCAUUUUGGCACUCUCAGGGGGACGGAAGAGGUGAAAGUGGCGAGUGGGUGUCCAGUAAGUGUGUGGGUGGACACGGGCAGGAGGCUGGCACACAUGAGGAGCCACACGGCCACCCACUGUCUAAACGCGGAGUUACACCGCAUGUUCGUAGCCACGCAUCAGACUGGCAGCUCUGUCACCGAGGACCACCUUACUUUUGAUUUUGCCACUUACGGGCAACACUUCAACAAGGAACAUGUUAUGGAGCUGGAGAGAAAAGUCCAGGAGGUGAUAAAGUCGAGGUUGCCAGUAAGGAGGACCACAGUCUCCAGUAAUGAGCUGACCCUCCUGGACAAUGUGACACUCCUGCCAGGGGAAACCUACCCUUCAGAGGGCAUCCAUCUCAUCCAGAUAGAAAGUGACCACUUUGUCUCCAAAGAGGCCUGCUGUGGGACUCAUGUUCUCAACACUGCAGACAUCCAGGACUUCUGUGUCAGUUCGGUCAAAAGCCAAGGAUCGGGAGUCAAGUCGCUGAUGGCUGUGACCGGUGCGACCGUGCAACAGGUUCGGCAGGAUGGUCAGGCAGUCUUACGUGAUGUUGCUGCAGUGCGUGAGGAUAUCAGUACUGCGGCGAGUGACAAUAACACGAAGUUGGAAGAACUGGAGAGUUCAUUGCAGUCAAUGAAAAGGCAAACAACAGAGCUUUUGAUACCUUAUGCUGACCGUGUAGAAGCACUGUCACAAUUGGAAUCUGCAGCCAAAUCUUUGAAGGAAUCUGCCAGAGUGACUCUGAGGCAGACUGUGGAGAAGGAAAUGAAAGAAGUACUAAAUUCAAUAGCUGCUGACACUGGAUGCCAGUUCCUGGUGUACUGUCUGCAGACAACUUCUCAUCUGGACAGCAUUCCCCUGCAGAAGGUGACCAGGAUGUGCCCUCUACACCUGCCUGUUCUUAUAUUCGCCUACGCUGAGGGCCAACUCAAAGCUAGAUGUUGUGUACCUCAGGCCAGGGUAUCACAUAAUGCCAAUGCUGAGACGUGGAUGAAGCCUGUGGUGGAAGUGGUGGGGGGAAGUGGCGGGCCACCACGAGGUCAAGACCCCCGCCUCGUCUUCAAUCUGAAACCCAUUCACAUCCCUCCUUCUGAUGUUGAUAGAAUCGUCAAGCUGGCUCUAACUGAAGCCAAUCAAAUGGCAAUUAAACUAUUUAAUGAUUAACUGUAGCUUAAUUUCUCUACCAAUAA